AUGAUGAUGAUCUAAGUUUCAUAAUGUCUUGGAGAUAUUGAAAAUGAAAUUGUUGAUAUUCUUGAUUUUCAAGAGAGAUCCUCUCAUUAUGAUAUACUUAAACAAAAUUUACCUAAAAUUAGACACGAUAUGUUUCAUUAAGAAAUUGUCAAAAAAGAAAAGAAUCACUCUAUUAGUUUUAGAGAUGAAGUUAAAUCAAAUUAUGGAUUAGUUGAUAUUAUAAUAGUAGAAAAUUGGAAAGAUUAUAAUAUUAUAUCAGAAGAUGAUAUUAGAGACAACUGUUCUUGUAAUAUCUUAUGA